ACACUUAACUAACUCUCAAUAAUAGGAUGGUGAUUAUAGAGCACGCCAACUGCCAAACCGUUACAAAUGUGACCGAGGAACAUGCCUUCUUCUCCACCCUCCAGCUUCUUCAGUUCAAUGUCUUCUCCGCGGACAAACAGUACAAAAUUCAGUUCAAACCUGACAUGUUCAGAGUUCCUAAUAAGAAGGGGCUCGAGGUUGUGCUGCAUUUCCUACUUACAAAGUUAGACCCGGAGCGGAGUAAAGAGGAGUUUGUUGGUUGUUGGCCAGCAUAUGACGUUAAAAGAAGUCACCUCUUUAGGAAGAAUGUAUUUAAUUGGCUGACUGAACUAAACAGAGACUAUGUGGAGGGGGUGCAAAUACCUCGGAUCAACAAUUCUACCUUAACAAAGGCAUCAGGAGGUCUAGUAGUUAGCAUGCUGGAGAGGCUGGCAGCAUUAGUACUUUCUACACACAUCACUGGACAACAUAAAGAGCGAUCUAAGGUAGGGCCAGUGUUUUCACCCUCAAAACCUCACCUAAACCUGGCUGCUGCUACCACCCUUCGUCUCGAGAUUGAGGUUCUGAAAAGAAAAGUAGCUGCUCGAGCGGAGGAAACUCAUCUACUGAGGGGCAAGUGGACUCAAUCCGCCAAAAAUGUCUCUGACGAAAUCCAGAAUCUCUCCAAAAAAAAGAAGAAGCUAGAAAUGAAGAAAGAUAGUUUGGAAACAAGGCAAAAAGAUUACAUCACAGCGUUUUCGACCGAUAAGAAGUUCAUCAAGACAUUAUCGAUUGCAGAUGAGGACGCUCUGAGAACGGACGUUCAACAAAAAUCUUUGCAGGUGAAGCAGCACUUGCAUAGGUUAGGAGACGUGUGUAAGAGACGUGUGGCGGAGAGGGCUGUGGUUAACAGCUUGAUUAAUGGUAGCUAUGGUGACAAUGUCUUACAUCAUGACAAAAUCGCUCUUCAGGUUCCCUCAAUAAUAAUACAAGAAUACCAGAAGAAGCUAGCAGAGGGGACUAUAGGAAAUACUUACUGUGGUGGGGACUUGUGUCUUGUAGCUCUCACUAAAAUCAGCUACAUCGGACUGAAAAUGCUCUGCAAAUCUGUUGAAACUGACACGAUCAAGUCUCAAGUACCACAGUCGAUCCUCCAACAACGCCGCACGGAUCUUGCUGAGAAUCUGGGUCUGAUAAAAGAUCUGGGAUCUUGGUUGGAGGACCUAGACUUAGAAACCCGGGGAUUGAGGGCUGACAUGUGGCUUUCUCAGCCGGACUUCUCCCUUUAUCAACAGGAUAUCAGACUCCAAUCACCGAUGCCCGUAUUUUCACUAGCAGGGGGACCGGCUAGAACUGACAACUUCGUACACGUUGCUCCUCUAACUCCAAAGCCUAAACCCCAGAGACCCACAGCUCUAACCCCCUUGUCUCUGAGGAAAUACAAGCAAGUGUCCAGUAGAAUGUCCAACCUGUCGACCAAUGUCGAAGAGAAAACAAGGGAAGAUAUUUCGGAUAUAGAGAACCAAGAAAAUGAUCCCGUAGAAAACAUUAACUUUACGCGACGUGAGAACGUAUGGAGUAAAGAACUCAACGAUUUAUCUCUUUUGGACAUGGAUGCUUCAGCCAAUUUUUCCUUCUUGAACUGACUUGAUAGUUGUGGCGAAUCAAACAUUUUAGCUGUAAUUUUUAUCCAAAACUCAAAUAUUGGACCGUCGCCAGUGUCUCCUUUUUCCAAACAAAAGGAAACGCGGAUAUCAAUUUAAAUUACCGUUACCGUACCCAAACUCAAAAUGAUACCGAGAAUGAGAUCGAUCGCUCGUUUAAGUAUUUAGCACAAAUUUCAUUAAAAAUCUUAACAUGACUAUUUUUGAUUCCUGUCAUCUUUAAAAUUGAAUUGCCAUCAUUUUUAUUUUUGUCGCUCAUCUAUGAUCUAAUUUCGAUUCGUGAGAUAGUUGGAAUUUCCCCUGGGAUUGUGAAUGGUGAUGAUGAUUAAAUCAAUACUUAUACUUACAAUAUAAUACUUAGUAAUAUAUUUUUAUUUCUUUUUACAUUUUUUGGGUUAAAAGUAUAUUGACAAUUUUCUAAUACAAUUAAAUAACUUUUGACCUGUAACGUUUUGUAAAUAUGUUUGUGCAUUAUUGCUUAUUCUUAUUAAUAUAUUAUUGUAUUAGUUUUGGUGAACACCCGAUGUUUGUAAUUUGAAUAGCGUUGCCAUGUUUUUUAACGCCAAAUAUGAAAAGUCGCGUGACUUGUUAUUUAAAUGAAACGAACUUUAUUUGAUGAGUUUUAUAUCAGAA